CGCAUACCAACAACCCUCCAUUUACCCCCAGCGCGUUCAAUCUCUUCUCAAAACGCACCAUGUCAGCACAAAGCUUCCACCAGGCCCCGCACAAGCUGCUAUUAAUCCCUGGCCCCGUCGAAGUUACGGAUGAGGUCCUCUUCGCAAACGCCCACCCCUCCGUCUCCCAUAUGUCCGCGGAAUUCGUGUCCGCCUUUGGUGACAGCUUACGCAUGACAAGGGAGGUCGUCUACUCCAAGGAUGCACAGCCAUUCCUCAUCUCAGGAUCGGGAACCUUGGGCUGGGACCAGGUUUCUUCGAAUCUCGUGGAGGCUGGUGAGAAUGCUCUAGUGCUCAACACGGGCUACUUUGGCGAAAGCUUCGCUGAUUGCCUCCGAACAUAUGGCGCCAAUGUCGAUCAAAUUAAGGCCGAAUUAGGUACCACUGUCAGCCUCAAAGAGGUCGAAAAGGCGUUGCAGGCCAAGAAGUAUAAGAUUGUCACGAUUACCCACGUAGACACAUCGACAGCUGUUCUGUCGAAUCCGAAGGCGGUUGCUGAGGUUGUGAGGAGAGUGUCACCAGAUACGCUCGUGAUUUUGGAUGCUGUUUGCGCCGUGGCGAGCGAGGAGAUUCGCAUGGAUGACUGGAGCAUCGAUGUAGUCGUAUCUGCCAGCCAGAAAGGCCUUGGUGCACCCCCCGGUCUCAGCGUCGUCGUUGCCAGCCAGAAAGCACUGCAGGUAGCUGCAGCGCGAUCGACACCUGUCUCUUCGUACUAUGCGAGCUGGAAGAGAUGGCUUCCCAUCAUGACAGCGUACGAGAAAGGAUCAGCCGCCUACUUCGCCACCCCCCCAGUCAACCUCAUCUUUGCGUUCAACCAAUCCCUGACACAGAUCGUCAAGGGUUCGUCAUCCCUCGAGGAGCGCUUCAAGCUCCACGCGGACGCUAGCAAUCGCCUCAAGGCGGCGGCUAAAGAGCUCGGUCUGAAGCAACUCGCUGCUGACCCCUCAAUAGCUGCGAAUGGUAUGACAGCGCUGUGGUGUCCUCCGGGCGUGAAGUCAUCAGAGCUACUACCCCUCUUCCUCAAGAAGGGUGUCGUUAUUGCAGGUGGCCUAGGCGCGGAAAAAGAUAACUACUUCCGCAUAGGCCAUAUGGGCACCACGGUCGCGAACGCGGAGCGUGGCGACGUCGAACGCAUCAUCGCGGUGCUGAAGGAGGUGAUCGCAGAGGCAACAAGUAAGAGUGCAUGACGAGGAACCGAUCGUUCCGGGACAAUGUGUCUGCAGCGUGUAUAAUCAAAUUCUGAUCGCUCAUUCCUUC